AUGUCGUGGGCGGGGUUUAAGAAGAAUGUCAAUCGCGCGACGACGCAGGUCAUGAUGAAGACGGGGCAUGUGGAAAAGACGAAUGACCGUGAUUACGAAGUCGAAGAGAGACGAUUCAAGACAAUGGAAGCUGCUGCUUUGCGACUACAAAAGGAAUCAAAGGGAUAUCUCGACUCCCUGAGAGCCAUGACCGCAUCGCAAAUGCGAAUCGCCGAGACGAUAGAUGCGUUCUACGGCGACUCAGGCGCGAAAGACGGUGUCAGCAGAAGUUACAAGCAGGCCGUCGAAGAUCUAGACGCCGAAACCAUCAAAGCCCUCGAUGGCCCCUACAGAACAACCGUCCUCGACCCCAUCACACGGUUCUGCGCCUACUUCCCCGACGUCAACGAGGCGAUUAAGAAGCGCGCUCACAAACUGCUCGACUACGACGCCCUCCGCGCAAAGGUGAAGCGCCUCGCCGAGAAGCCCGACAAGGACGCCACGAAGCUGCCCCGGACCGAGAAGGAGAUGGAGAUGGCCAAGGCUGCUUACGAGCAGCUCAACGAGCAACUCAGCACCGAGCUACCCCAACUUAUCGAUCUCCGCGUGCCGUACCUCGACCCCACUUUCGAAGCCCUCGUCAAGAUCCAGCUGCGUUUCUGCGCGGAGGCGUAUUCGCGUAUGGCGCAAGUGCAGCAGUACCUUGAUGCUGACACCAGAGAUCAGUAUGCCGAGGGACAACUAGACGCCAGAGUGGAGCAGGUGUUGCAGGAGAUUCGGGAGUUGAGCAUCAGCGGCACGGUCUAG